AUGCCAUUGGUUUUGAUAAAACAUUCGUUCAUUUUUUUAGUAACUUACAGCUUCAAAUUUAUAAAGAGUAUUCAAGAAAAGAAAGGAACUAUUUCAUUCGAUGCUAGAGGUGGUUGUGUUAGAAAAAUUAAAAGAAACGAAAAUAUACGUAGUGGCCCAAUUUUUUUGUAUGAAGGUGUAAUGAGUAUUGAUCAACAUACCUUUACUGUUAUGUCUAUGCUCUCUGAACGCCAUGACACCUUAUCUAUUAGUAUAUGGCUUAACAGAUGGCUUCGUUGUGGAGUUAAAUCCCCAAAAAUCGUUAUAUGUGACCAGUCUCUUGCCUUAAUGUCAGCUUUAACUCAAACAUUUACUCAGUAUAAAUCCCUUGAGCAGUACCUUCAAGUUUGUUUUUCAAUUGUAGUUUUAAAAAAAGAAGAAGAGCUUCCGACCUGCUUCAUAAGAAACGAUGUCAAUCAUUUUGUACACCUUAUAUCGCAAUGGAAAGAAGUUAAAGACUCCAAAUUUGUCCGAAAAAAAGAGUUAAUUAUAAGGGGGAUGGGACUCCUUAUUCUUUGCACAUGUAUAUAUGAAGCUGAGCAAAUAUUAGAAGCGAUUUUUACGAUAAUUUUAAGUAAAUUUGAUGGUCCUAUUUUAUCAGAAAUGUGUAAUUCAGUUGCUGAUACUCCGUGUGCUGAAAAAAAGAAAUUCCUUUCAAAACUUAUUUCAAAUAAAAAACACUAUUUGGAUUUUGUAGAACAAAUAGAUACUGAAUACCACCAAACAAAUAAUGAUGGGAAUGAUAAUGAUAAUAAUGCAAAUUCUACUUCUUUGGAUUCUUUUGAACAAUGGGCUCAGUCAAUAGCAGACAAAGCUAGAGAAAACACCAAAGAUAUAAUUGGUUAG